AAGAACACAUGUUUGUUAAUGCAUUGUUGAUAUCCGCUUGCGGUGAAAGGUUAUAAUUUGAAUUUUGCAAUAAUAAGUGUUUUGCAAUAUAAAUUUGUGAAUCCCCAUUCGAUUUAGUUUGGUGAAUAGUGUCGUAUAAAGAUGCAGAACAAUACAAUUCCUAGUGAGUCUUCAAUUGCUGAAAAAUUGAUGAAUUUUCGUUCGCCAUUGAACGAGGGAUUCAAAACUCCUGACAAGGCCUCGGCCUGCACUUGGCAUAGGAAUGGGGGCGGGCAGAACCCUCACAGAAAAUCAGAAUGGAAACAACGGGAAAAAAUCCUACCCAACAUUUUACACGCAAUAGGGAACACACCAAUGGUGAGAUUGAGCAAUAUAAUGAAAAAUUCCAACCUUGAAUUCGAAUUACUGGCGAAAUGCGAAUUUUUCAACCCUGGAGGUUCCGUCAAGGAUCGAAUAGCCUAUCGUAUCGUGGAGGAUGCUGAGAAAGCUGGCAUUUUGAAACCAGGUGCCACGAUAAUUGAGCCUACAUCUGGAAACACUGGUAUUGGUCUUGCACUAGCUGCUGCAGUUAAGGGAUACCGUUGUGUUAUUGUUAUUUCUGAAAAAAUGUCCAAUGAAAAAGUGGAUGUCCUUAAAGCCCUUGGUGCUGAGGUAGUAAGAACCCCCAUAUCAGCAAGCUCUGAUUCAGCUGAAGGACUUUUUGGUGUAACCAACAGACUUAAGAAUGAAAUUCCAAAUUCUAUUAUACUUGAUCAGUACAGCAACCCUGGAAAUCCCCUGGCACAUUACGAUACAACUGCUGAAGAAAUAUUGCAUCAAUGCGAUGGUAAAAUUGAUAUGAUAGUGCUGGGAACUGGGACUGGAGGAACGAUGACAGGCAUUGGAAGGAAGAUAAAAGAAAAAUCGCCUAAUACCAUAGUUGUUGGCGUUGAUCCAGAAGGUUCUAUUUUAGCCCAACCAGAAGACCUCAACAAAACUGACACAGACUUUUAUGAAGUGGAAGGAAUAGGUUAUGAUUUCCUUCCCACAGUUUUAGAUCGUAAUGUGGUUGAUAGGUGGGUCAAAAUCAACGAUAAAGAAUCUCUGCCAAUGGCUCGUAGACUCAUAAAGGAAGAAGGAAUUUUGUCUGGAGGUAGUAGUGGAGCAGUUGUUGCAGGAGCUCUCAAAGCAGCUGGGGAUAUGAAAAAGGGGCAACGUGUGGUAGUACUCCUACCUGAUAGUAUAAGGAAUUACAUUACAAAAUUCGUCUCUGACCAUUGGAUGGAAUCUAAAAACUUGCAAGAAACCGUGAAUACCCAGAACCAUUGGUGGUGGGAUACCAGCGUAACUGCAAUCACAAUGCAACCCUUGACCACUGCCAAACAGAGUAUUCAGUGUUUUAAAGUUUUGAAGAUAAUGAAAAUGAGUGGAAUCGACCAAAUCCCCAUAGUUGACAAUGACGAUUCACUAAUAGGUGUAGUCACCAUGCAAAACUUGCUGAACAAACUUAUCGCCAAAAAAAUAACAGCUACAGAUGAAAUAGCAAGUGUGGUAGAGAGAAUUUUCCCCAAAAUACCUCACACUGGCUCUCUUGGGGUUGUAUCAAGAACGUUGGAGAGGGAGUCGUUUGUAGUUGUAGUGGAUAAAAAUAAGGCACUUGGCAUAAUCACAGCCAUUGAUCUGUUGCAAUUCAUCGCCACAGAAGAAGACAGUCGAAGAAAAACAGAAGAGAAUAACCAGAGGAAUAAAUAAAUGUAUUGACAAAGUUGAUGAUUCUCAGUUACAUUUUAAAUGUAUGGAAUUUUGUAUAUGAAGUUUAUGAGGAUUGUAUGGCAUUUUAUUAGUUAAUUACAGAAAUCCAAAAUUUUA